ACUGUGGCUGAAAACGUGAGGUCGUGAUGUCCGGACGCGGGAAGCAGGGCGGCAAGGCGCGCGCCAAGGCCAAGACGCGCUCGUCGCGGGCCGGGCUGCAGUUCCCGGUGGGCCGCGUGCACCGCCUGCUGCGCAAGGGCAACUACGCCGAGCGGGUCGGGGCCGGCGCGCCCGUGUACCUGGCGGCCGUGCUCGAGUACCUGACGGCCGAGAUCCUGGAGCUGGCGGGCAACGCGGCGCGCGACAACAAGAAGACGCGCAUCAUCCCGCGCCACCUGCAGCUGGCCAUCCGCAACGACGAGGAGCUCAACAAGCUGCUGGGCCGCGUCACCAUCGCGCAGGGCGGCGUCCUGCCCAACAUCCAGGCCGUGCUGCUGCCCAAGAAGACCGAGAGCCACCACAAGGCCAAGGGCAAGUAGUGAUCUAUGCGACAACUAGCACCAGCUCGAGGUAGUCGAGUUCAAACCCAAGGCUCUUUUCAGGGCCACCUACAUUUUCUGGAAAAGAAUGUAACAUUCCCUUUAACACUAAGAAACAAGUGAAACGUGGGGAAAUUGAGCCACUCCCAACGAAUCUCCAUCCUGAGUUGAAAGCAGGACACCAUAGAUUAAAGCCUAACGUACAAAGGGCCAUAGAUUUUGCCCCCUUGCGGUAAUUGGGGACAGGCCUUUUCCAUAUCUUAGUGGUUUAUUUAGC